AUGUGCUCCAUUGGUCCUGGGUCGUCAGCUUCUACAUUCUCUCCUGAUGGAAGAGUUUUACAAGUUGAAUAUGCUAUGAAGGCUACAGAAAAUAUUAGUACAGCUGUGGGGAUCAGAUAUGAAGAUGGUGUUGUCUUUCAGGUACGAAAAUUGGUGCUGUCUAAACUUUAUGAAGAAGGUUCCAAUAAACGACUUUUUAAUGUCGAUCUGCAUGUUGGAAUGACUGUAGCAGGUUUGUUGGCAGAUGAUCAUUCUUUAGCAGAUAUAGCAAGAGAAGAAGCUUCCAACUCUACAUCCAACUUUGGCUACAACAUUCCACUAAAGCAUCUUGCAGACAGAGUGGCCAUAUACGUACAUGUUUAUAUGCUCUGCAGCGCUGUUAGACCUUUUGGCUGCAGUUUCGUGUUAGGAUCUUAUGGUGUGAAUGAUGGUGUACAACUCUACAUGACUGACCCAUCAGGUGUUUCUUACGGUUAUCGGGGCUGUGCCUUUGGCAAAGCCAGGCAAGUUGCAAAGACAGAAAUAGAAAAACUUCAGAUGAAGGAAACAACCUGCCAUGAUGUUGUUAAAGAAGUUGCAAAAAUAAUUUACAUAGUAUAUGAUGAAGUUAAGGAUAAAACUUUUCUACUAGAGCUCUGCUGGGUUGGUGAAUUAACUAAAGGAAGACAUGAAAUUGUUCCAAAAGAUAUAAGGGAAGAAGCAGAGAAAUAUGCUAAGGAAUCUUUGAAGGAGCAAGAUGAAUCAGAUGAUGAUAACAUUUACUUCAGCAUCUAUUCUGUUAUAAAUUUCUAUAACAGUCCCAUAUAA